AUGCUUGGUCUUGAGUUAACUAAUUUGCCAUUUUUUGUAGCUUUGAAACCUCCUUUAGGUUUUGCAACACUUGAAGAAGCUUUACCAGAAGGGUUUCUAAAAAGAGUUGAAGGAAGAGGUGUUGUUUAUGGUUCUUUAUCUGAGGCAUUGGUGAAUAAAUGUCAAUUGGUCUUGUUGCCAAAUAUUGGUGACCAGAUAUUCAAUGCUAGAAUGAUGUCUAAUAAUUUGAAAGUUGGAGUGGAAGUUGAGAAAGGUGAAGAUGGAUUGUAUACUAAGGAUGAUGUUUGUAAAGCUGUGAGUAUUCUGAUGGAUGAUGAGAAUGAAAUUAGUAAUAAAGUUAAGGCUAGUCAUGCUAAGAUUAGAGAUAUGUUGCUUAAUAAAGAUCUUGAGUCAUCUUAUAUUGAUAACUUCUGCAAGAAGCUUCAAGAGAUUGUUGAGGGAAAGAAUUGA